AUGACUCUCCGGGAGCGGAUCCUGGGUUUUGCCUUCCACACAGAACAAUGGAUCGGAUCUCAGCCGGCGACCCUAAACAACGACGCCAGAGAGGUCAAGCCAGAGGACAAGUCAGAGGACAAUUCAGAGGACAAGAAAGAGAACAAGAGAGAGGACAAGUCAGAGGACAAGUCAGAUGUUAAGAGAGGGGGCAAGAGAGAGGACAAAUACGAAGACAAGAGAGGGGACAAGAGGAAGAACAAGCCAGAGGACAAGAGAGAGGACAAGUCAGAUGAUGAAAGAGGGGACAAGAGAGAGUACAAGUCAGAGGACAAGAGAGAGUACAAGUCAGAGGACAAGAGAGAGGACAAGUCAAAGGACAAGAGAGAGGACAAGUCAGAGGACAUGAGAGAAGACAAGAGAGUGGACAAAGAGGACAAGAGAGAGAACAAGUCAGAGGAUAAGAGACAGGACAAGAGAGAGUGCAAGUCAGAUGAUAAGAGAGGGGACAAGAGAGAGGACAAGUCAGAGGACAAUAGAGAGGACAAGUCAAAGUACAAGAGAGAAGACAAGAAAGAGGAUAAAUCAGAAGACAAGAGAGAGGGCAGAAAGGACAAGUCAGAGGAUAAGAGACAGGACAAGAGAGAGGGCAAGUCAGAGGAUAAGAGACAGGACAAGAGAGAGGGCAAGUCAGAGGAAAAGAGACAGGACAAGAGAGAGGGCAAGAGACAGGACAAGAGAGAGGACAAGUCAGAGGAUAAGAGACAGGACAAGAGUGAAGGCAAGUCAGAGGAAAAGAGACAGGACAAGUUAGAGGAGAAGAGACAGGACAAGAGUGAAGGCAAGUCAGAGGAAAAGAGACAGGACAAGAGUGAAGGCCAGUCAGAGGAAAAGAGACAGGACAAGAGUGAAGGCAAGUCAGAGGAAAAGAGACAGGACAAGAGUGAAGGCAAGUCAGAGGAUAAGAGACAGGACAAGUCAGAGAACAAGAAACAGGACAAGAAACAGGACAAGAGGGAGGACAAGUCAGAGGACAAGAGACAGGGCAAGUUAGAGGACAAGAGACAGGACAAGAGAGAGGACAAGUCAGAGGACAAGAGAGAGGACAAAGAGGACAAGAGAGAGAACAAGUCAGAGGAUAAGAGACAGGAUAAGAGAGAGUGCAAGUCAGAUGAUAAGAGAGGGGACAAGAGAGAGGACAAGAGUGAAGGCAAGUCAGAGGAAAAGAGACAGGACAAGAGUGAAGGCAAGUCAGAGGAUAAGAGACAGGACAAGUCAGAGAACAAGAAACAGGACAAGAGGGAGGACAAGUCAGAGGACAAGAGACAGGGCAAGUUAGAGGACAAGAGACAGGACAAGAGAGAGGACAAGUCAGAGGAUAAGAGACAGGACAAGAGUGAAGGCAAAUCAGAGGAAAAGAGACAUGACAAGAGUGAAGGCAAGUCAGAGGAAAAGAGACAGGACAAGAGAGAGGACAGGUCAGAGGAUAAGAGACAGGACAAGAGAGAGGACAAGUCAGAGGAUAAGAGACAGGACAAGAGUGAAGGCAAAUCAGAGGAAAAGAGACAGGACAAGAGUGAAGGCAAGUCAGAGGAAAAGAGACAGGACAAGAGAGAGGACAAGUCAGAGGAUAAGAGACAGGACAAGAGAGAGGACAAGUCAGAGGAUAAGAGACAGGACAAGAGUGAAGGCAAAUCAGAGGAAAAGUGA